UCAUCUCCAGACUGACAUAUGGUGGGGAGACACAAGGCCAACCAAGAAGAGUCUGGAUCUGGGGCCUCUCUAUGCCCAGCUGCCAGGGAUCACUGGGGGUCAAAGGCAGCCCGGAGGAGGGGGGAAGCCCUGGAUCCAGCCCUGAGAGGCAGAUGUGGUGGAGGGAGGGGAGAUGGGAGCCUGGGUGCCAGGAGGGGCCUGAGAGGGUGAUGAAUAGCAGACGGAGUGUUUACCGGGCCCGGCAGCCUUGGAGCUGGGGGAGGAAUGGAAGAGGAGUCUGGGGGAUGGAUGGUGGGGCCCAGGCUGGAGCCUUGCAGCGCAGGUUUUACAGUUGAGACAGGCUGAAAGUACCCCUUCCCAAAAGGGAGAGAGGAGGCUGUGAGGUUCAGACCCAGAGAGCAGAAGGGAGGCCUGGGUGCUCCAGAUGCAAGUUGUGGGGCGUGAAAGGUGGGAGCUCACCUGUCCUGUCCCUCUCUGGUCCAGAGCCCCCUCACCAGCCAUGAGGCUCGCUCUGUCACUCCCGGUCCUGUUGGUGGCUCUAUGGAUGGUGUGUGAAGGCCGAGCCCCGGCCCAGGCAGACCUAGAGCCGGACCAGGCGGACCUAGAGCCGGACGGCGUCACCGACGUCAUCCGGAGGUGGUGGAAGAAGGUUGGAAAGCGCCUGGGGAAGGAGAUUGUGAAAUACAUCAUCGACGACAUCAACAAGAAGAACAGAGCUUCAGCGACCCGGAAAAUGCCAUCAAAGCCAACUGGGAAACCACAACACAAGAAUACAUGAGGACACAAGCACACACCAGAACACAAGCACACGCCAGAACACAAGCACACGCCAGAACACACACACAAGCCACAACACAAGCACACGCCAGAACACAAGCACACGCCAGAACACAAGCACAAGCCAGAACACAAGCACACACCAGAACACUGCUGCCCUGAACACUGGGAGAGUUUCUCACUCUAACCUAAGAUUCUGCCCCUGAAGAAGCUCUGAAACUUCACACACCCCAGGCCCCGGUGCUGAAGAUUUCCCACAAGGUGCCCCAUGUAGCCCCCACCCCCUACCAGCAAUAAAAAUCCUAAUGAGA